AAAUAAACUUCCGUUGAAAGCGGAAAACCGCCAUUAGCGGAGACUCACGAUUGGCUCAGAGUAAGCGCCGCUCUAGGCCUUGACGGAAGAUAGAGCCAGGCUAUUACUCCCCAUUGAAAGGAAGCAUACGGAGCGCAACAUAAGCGGACGUCAUCGCUGUGAAGUUGCACGGAAGCGCAGAGAUAGGAAAUAGCAGAGUAAACAAAUGCGCCCUUCUCUCGCGGUCAUGCCUCAUAAAUUCUUUUUGAAGCUCCCGCUUCACCUUCCUAUACCAAGUGACGGCUGCCCAUGGGAGGGGGGUAGAGAAAUGUGGAAUAGAAUCAUAUAGCUGGAAGGGAUCCUUAGGGUCAUCUAGUCCAACCCUCUGCAAUGCAGGCAUCUCAACAUGCGGUGCGGUGCCCCAUCCAAUUUGAAACCAUACCGGACCCUGCUGAGCUUUCCAAAUGGGAUUGAAGUUUUAUUGUUGCCUUUCUGCCAAGGAAAUAAGUAUUGUAUUGUAUUGUAUUGUAUUGUAUUGUAUUGAUUGGCAGGAGAGACAGAUGUCACUCAAAUGAACGGUACACUAAAACCCGGGGCUUCCCAACUGGUUUUGUUAGGGCGGCUCUCGCGACGUGGGAAGGCCGUGGAGUUCGAAAGCAAUCCGGAAGUUAACCUCUGUGCGCCAGUCUAGUGGAUAUGCCUCUAUACGCGGAAAUCAAUAGAGCGGAAGUUGAUUAGAGAAGGCGGAUGAGUGGGAGAUGGCGAGGGAGUGAGAGGGGCGACAAGGGAAACUACUCGCAAGUAAUCCGGGCUGCUGGUAAGUCGAGGGAGUGUUGUGCGGUGCGGGGGCGGCCUGGGCGGCGGCGGGUGGGAGGAAACUAUGACAUUUCACGCGUUGUUAAAUUCCCUCGUAGCGAAGCAACCUGCUGCUCAUAGCUGUCAACUUUCAGAUUUGAAAAUAAGGGAUCAGCAGCCUCACCUGUCCCGGGGAGCCUCGAAAAUAAGGGAUCAGCAGCCUCACCUGUCCCGGGGACAGUCUACGGGAUAUCUAACAAUCCGGGAUAGCAGCUGGAAACGACGCUGGAAUAAGGGAAUUUCCCGCAAAAAAGAGAAGGUUGACUGCUAUGCUGCUGCUGCAUUUCCCAAACUGCCCAUCCUGGGAAGUAGAUCUCAUCGAAAGUGUAUUGCGGGGUAGCCAGAAUCGUUUUUUUCUCAUUCGGGCGUAGUACUGUGCCACUGUGUAUAUUGCUUAGCAGAUGUUCGCAGAAAGUGGAUCAGGAUCUACCGGGAGGCUUCUGGGUGGGCUUGUUUUUUGUUUCAUAAAAUUUCUACACCUCUUGACUGUAAACAAGGGGGGGAUCAAAGCGGUUUGCAAAAGAUGAAAUCGGGGGGGUACCCUACUUUAAAAACAUGCAAAAGUUAAAAUACUCAAAUUAAAAUUACCUCAGCUUUCCAAACACCUGGGUAGGCUUGUCUAAACAGGAAUGUUUUUAGCAGGCGUGGAAAAGAUGGGUGAGGAUUUCUGACUCCCAGUUGUUUUAACAAUGACAACGAAAUGCCAAAUUAUGCUGCUGAAGUGGGGGCUGGGAGAGACUUGGGAGCAGAGAUCAGUGUGUGAGGACUGUGAGCUCACUUCAGUUCUAGUGCUCAAAACAAAUUCACAGGGUCAGAAUUUUUAAUUUUGAAACGCAUGUCGUUUUCACCUGGCUCAAGCUGGUGGAGGGUUUUUAGUAAAAGUGGAUCCUGCAGGGCUGACAUCUGUCCUACCCAGUGAAUUCAAAUGGGACUAAUUCACAGGUAAAUGUGCAUAGGAGUGUAGGCUUCCAGUGAGAUGAGGCUGAAGGGAUUUAAGAUACAAAGUGAAAAUCUGACACACUUGCAGAAUUUGUGGUAGGCACACAGCCUGUGGAAGAAGCAUCAUCCUAUUGCCUCUUUGCAGGUAAAGAAUUUUAUCUCUAGUAUAGGACACUACAACUUAGUUUCUGAGUUUCCAGUGCACAAUUUCUACCUCUUUGGGUUUGUCAGUUAUUAAGAAUGCCUAAACUGUAAGACUCUAGACAACAGCUUCAAGGGCCAGUUUCUGAUGGGUGAAAAGACCUGUCAUGAGCCAGGAUGGUGAAGAGAAGAAACUUGACUAGCCUGAUUCUGAACAUGUUUGUUCACAUUAAACCCCCUCAGUUCAGUGAAAGUUGCUGCCAAAGUAUGAUUAGCGUUGCAGCCUUAGUCAACUUCCUGUUUCAAAAUAAUAGUCUCACUGUGUCUUAAGUUUUUGUGUCUUGCCAUUCUAUGGUGUUGGGCCAACCCAGAGCUGGUGCAGUGUUUGAAAGUAACCUCUUCGUCUCUCUUGUACGUUUUGCCCAACUGUAUUGGGUAGUUUACCUUUUGCAGCUAUGCAGGCCCUGACUGGAGAUCCACAGCCAGUCACGGACAAUAUUGAGCUGCAUGCUGGGCACAGAGGUGGCAUUGAUUCUAUUCCAUCCCUGCUCCCAAAUCUUUUUUUAAAAAACCUUGCUUCCAGGGUGGUUCUCCUUCUGAAGUUGACCUAAAUAUGCAUCUAUAUGUAUAAAUUAACAUAGUAAUUUGUAUGCAUCCUGUAUCCUUUUAAAUGUGUAUUUCUUGUUUUUAUUAUGUGUUUUGUGUUUUUAUCUUUUUUAUACUGUGAACCACCCUGAGAUCUAUGGAUGAAACACAAUUAUUUAAAAAAACAACAUUGUGUCUGGUCCCCAAGUCUUUGAAGAACCUUUGAAGAACCUAGCACCACCCCUGGCUAUAAGAACCAAUAAUCUAAUUUGGUAGAAGGCAGUGGUUUCUAAGCUUCCCACACACAGGCCACUUGAAAAUUGUUGAAUGUCUUGGUAGUCCAGUUAAUUGCUUUUCUGCUCUUUACAGCAACUGCAAUGCACUGUGCUAGAUAAUUGCAUUUAUUGUUGCUUUUUCAUGUUUCUAAUGCCCCCUGCUCAUCACUUCUGGUCUGUCUCAUUCACCAAGCAAACUGUUAGGUACUUAGAAUAACAGCAGCCACUGUGCCCACCAUUCACAGGCACAGAGGUUGUGGCCAAGCAAUUCGUAAGGAUCCUGAAUUCUCACAGCUAGGGUGUAUAUUUGCACCCUCAUUGGUUAUGUGUGCAGGAAGUUUCUAAACAGUGCUUGCCUUUUUGGAUUGGAGCAAUAUGGCUUGAUAAAAGAUGCACUACUGGUUUGGCAUAUUUCUCAGAAGAAUUAGCAGCUAAAAUAUGCAACAGAGAUUUUAUGCAUUUUUCUUUUUCCUCUGCUUAGUGUUUACCUGCUGUGUGUGAAGCUCCAUCAACAAGAUGACAACACUACAGAAUACAGUAAACAGUAAGUGUUCAUCCUUUUUAAAAACAAAUGUUGUGUUAAACUAUGCAUUCUUCACUUAUUGGUAAAGGAAAGACUUUGGUAAAACUAUCUGUUUAGACCAAGAAGUAGGCUAAAUGUAUGGUAAUUGCAAGGUCUAAUCAUUUAGGGUUUUUACUUAAUAUUUUUUAUUGCCAAGUAUAUCAAAUUUACAAAACCUUUCUUAACAGAUAUUCAGACAUUAAAUCAAUAAAAAUAAGUAUGCUAUAUUGUAUCACGCUAUCUGAGCGGUAAUCUGCUUCAAACUAUCAUUUUUGGGGGUGGUACUAAGUGUGUAAAUAUGGCCACUGUUAAAAUCAACUAGCAAACAAUUUCUUAAAUUGGUCUUAUGUCUAGUUAUACAAUUUUCUUUUUAAAAACUUGGCUAACAGUGUCGCAUGCAAUGGAGGGGGUGCAAUGAAGAAACAGAAGCUUUUGGACACAACACAAUGACAAGUACUUAUCUCACCAAAAUAUCUUUUUUUGCAUUAACUUUUCUGCUUUCUUUCUCCAAGCUUCAGCUGAAUAUGCCACCUCACCCAUCCGUGGACCUGGGGAUGGCAUGGAAAUGGAGCAACCGCCCAAAUCUGUUGAAGUAAUCCAGUCCUCAGCCAGUCAUGCCCAUCGAAGCCCACACAAGAAAGCUCUUCCUUCACUAAGUCCUGGAGUUCUUCAACUAGGGAAGAUAAAAGGUGAUACGGCCGUGGAGAUCGAAGCUGUGCGAAUCCUGGUUCCCAAAGCUGCUAUAAACCAUGUAGUUCCUACCAAAAAUGCAAAGAUGCCCAAGUCUUCAGGACACCAAAGAGAAACCCUCACUCUGUUAGAUGAAAUUUCGGGUUCUAAAAAAGAGCUUAGAAGUGAAAUAGCAAAGCUCAAGAACUCCGAAAGAAGAUUGCUACAGGAUAAGGAAGGCCUUUCCAAUCAGCUCCAUGUGCAAACAGAGGUGAGGGACCAAGAAGUGGAUUUAAUCCAUUAUGCUUUUUUUUUCCUUUUAAAAGCUGCCCUGUACCGGGGCUCCCAGUAGGGAACUGCAAUAUAACAAUUAUUCAUAUUGCAUUCUGGGCGGUUCCCUCACUACAAGAAGCGAAGUUACAGGGAACCAGUUAGAGGGUAGUGGCGCCUGCCCGGUGGAAGUUACAGGGAACCAGUCUUCUUGGUAGUGGCGCCUGCCCGGUGGAACGCCCUCCCAUCAGAUGUCAAAGAAAUAAACAACUAUCUGGUUUUUAGAAGCGUUCAUGGGAAGAUAGAGGAAACCCCAUUCAACAAUAUGUUCCCUGUUUCUUCCAUCCUAAAUAGCACACUCUUAUGGAAGCUUCCUCAGAAGUAAGUUCAGUUGCAUCCAAUGGGAUGUCCUUCCUAGUGUAUGUUUAGAGUUAGGCAUGAGGCAUGAGUGUUUAUUAUAAGACAGUGGCUGAUCAAGAGGUGACACUGAUGGUAUCUAUUAUAAUUAAAAAGUCCAUAUCCGUAUAUGAGUGCUACACAUUCAGUGUCUUGUUAAAGAUAUUCAUAGUUUAAGCCCCAGCCCAUAGGAAAGUAGUAGUUGUCUGCCAGCUCUGUGUCUGUUGGAAUGUCAGUAAAUGUAUAUGGGUUGGUUCAAUAGUUAGGAGUGUUCGUUUUGUGGAGUUCCUAUGCAGGUAAGGGUUCGUAGACCGUGUGUAAGCUCACAACCACAUAUAAAUUGGUCCUGAAUGUAUCAUUGGGAUUGUUGUGGCUGUGCUGACCAUAAAAAAGGCAAUAAAGUAGAUGGGAUAUCAGUUAAGAACAGAAGAGGGAUCUGCUGAAUCUAGUCUUGCAUCCUGUUCUCACAGUAGCCAACCAGAAGCCUAUGGGAAGCCUGCAAGCAAUUUUAAUGGACAAGUUUCUAUCACAGUAAUUUUGGAUGGUGGUGUUGAAUUAAUGCACAUCAAAUGAAAGACUAAAUUGAGGGAAAUGUAUUGUUUUACCUUCUUUCAGCAGUUAGUAACAUUUGUUCAUCCUCAUUGUUCUGCUCAUGGAUGUUAAGGGCCAAUUCUGCUAUAUACUGUAGUUGUCUACUAAGUCUUUUCUUUCCUUCUACCCACUAUGAAAAAAUGCCAGGAGUGCAGCUUUCAGAUGGUUCACACACUCAUUUUUUAAGACCAAACUAGAUGUGAUACAAGAUGAGGAUUGCCCUUUUUUUAAAAAAAGUUAACAGCACCCAUGUGGAGACAUAAGCAGAUCCUACCCACCCCAAGCAGCUAUUUGUCCCACAGGGGAAAACAUACAGAGACCAUAUGAGUAUCUAGCACAUUUGAAUACCUGAAUUAUUCCGCAUGAUUUUGAUCCUAUGGUGCUAUGGAGACAUGCAACUUUCAUAGUUUCCAAUGCUUUCUGGAGGCAAGGAUGUUACAGAGAUCAAUAUGAUCAGCUAAUUGGGUAUGACAUUGUAGAAGCAAUUCAUGGAAGUGGCAACAUGAAAGCUAUUGGUCUCAACAUGUUGAAGCUGCAAACUAGCCUCUGAGAUGUAUACAGUCAUACCUCAUGUUGCAUUAGGUUCAUGUUGCAUCUUUUCAGCUUGCGAAUGCAGCAAACCCAGAAGUGUAUACUUCUGGGUUUCGCCAUACGUGUGGCAAAUGUGCAGAAGCGUUCUGCGCACUUCGCACAUGCGCAGAAGCACUCUAUCACGCUCCGCACUUGCGGACUUUUUGGGGUGUGAAUAGCACCCCGGAACAGAUCGUGUCCACUGUUAGAGGUACCACUGUAUAUAUUUAUCUUUUAGCAAAUUGCGCCUUAGUAUUUGUUACUUUAAGCAGCUACAGUUGUAUCAAAUAUCUUAGCAUACAGUAUUAGUGUGCUUAUAGUUUGGGUAUCCAGGCAUCUUGUUUAAGGAUACACACCUGUCUCUUAGUGAUCUGUCCUAUAUAUAUUUACUAUGAAAAUCUGCUAAGCUUGGAAGGGGAGCCUUCUAGCAUCUUGUACUUGAUAGCUUCAAUAUUAACCAGGGGUAGCUUGAUCAUAUUCCUUGUUGACACAUGAUGAAUGUUUAAAUAAUUGUCUUGUCUUAGGUCAAUCGGGAGUUGAAGAAGUUACUUGUUGCUUCUGUGGGGGAUGACCUGCAGUAUCACUUUGAACGCAUGGCACGUGAAAAAAAUCAACUGAUCCUUGAAAAUGAGGCCCUAGGGCGAAAUGUGUCUCAAUUAUCUGAGCAAUUAGAGCGGAUGUCUAUACAGUGUGAUGUUUGGAGGAGCAAAUUCCUAGCAAGCAGGUAUUGUGCCUCAAUGCAACUUUAUAAAGGCUGCGGGGAACCUUUGGCCCACCAAAUGUUGCUGAACUACAAGUGGUAAUCUGCACCUUGAGCGGAAGUUCUGGAGUUGAACAUAAAUCCAUUCUAAGCCCCUAGAGGACAUGCAAAGACCCCAUGUGUGGGAUACAGGAAAGCUAUUUGUGGGGGAUUGAUGGCUGUUUAAGAUUAAGAUGGAUCCUUGGGUGCUAAGAGCCAAAAGACAGUUGAGGGUAAGGAAAGCCUUGUCAAACUCCUUGUGUCUUAUUCACAGCAACCUAGACCUGAGCAGUGGCAUAGCAGUACAGUUGGAGAUGCCACUGAUGAGGUGGAAGAAGGCUGGAAAUGCUGGGCUUUCUGAGGACUGCUGCUCCUGUGCUGCAUAUAACUUUGAAUAGUAUAACUGGGGGCUUCGUAGACUUAGCCCAUCUUGCUGACCCUGAGCUGCUUCCCUCAUAGGCUUGCUUAUGAGAUUGAAAUAGAGAGUACAGUCGGUUUCUAUGCAGCAGAUCCACAAUUCCUCUUUCCUUGCAGGCCAAGUAUCAGCCUUCCACUUCCAGAUGUGUCUUGCUUUACACUUCUAAAUACCAUAAAAAGAUACACAAGCCUAACAGUGUUUUUCAGUUAGCUCUUGAUCAGUAGCACCACCACAGCCCCAAAGAUAAAAAGCAGUUUAGAAGUUUGGUUCCUGAAGAAGUAGCCGGCCAGAAUUACCCCUCCUCCUUGCUGCUGUUUUACACCUUGCUGGAUAAGUCCAUGCACAAAGUAAAUAAGGUGCAUUGGAUAAGGUGUUCAGAUGUCAGUGCAGCAAAUUUACGUUCUCAGGGUGACUGACUCAAAGUUGCCUUCUUUCAGUCUAAUUCAUAUCCUAGCCUGAUCGCUGAAACAGUCCAGAGGGGAGUGGGUGGUGGUUUCUCCUGUUACCAUUUCCGUCCUAUGGAAGAUCUUUCCAGCAGAGAUUUGACAGGCAUCCUCGCUUUUGACUUUUUAUGCCAGCAGGCCUAUGUGGCUGUUCAAAAUUUUCUGUAUUGCUUUUAAAAAUUGUUUUAUGUUGUUGUACAGUGCCCUGAUGGUUUGCGAAAUGGUUACUUUAAAUUAUAAAUACCUUGCAGUAUUAUGAGAAUAAAGUAAGUGUUCCCGAGUGGGGAGCAGGCUAAGAGUGUCAUAAUAACAACGUAAUGUACUUCAGAUCAACAAGCUGAUUUCUUCUUAUUUUUCAGUUAUAGCCAUUCAGGGUGCAUCCUGUAAGCAUUACCACUUCAUGUGUACACAGCAAGUUAUCUGCUAAUGUAACAUGAAUUAGGAUUUUAAGUAGAUAAAUUCCUUUACCUGUCUGAGACACAUUUGGGAUUUCUUCUACAGAGUGAUGACUGAUGAGCUGACUAAUUCCAGAGCAGUUCUCCAGCGUCAAACCAGGGAUGCACAGAGUGCAAUUCAGGAUCUGUUAAGUGAACGUGACCAGUUUCGCCAAGAGAUGAUUGCUGCACAGAAGUAUGAACAUUUGGUUUUCCCCCAACUUCUAACAGCUCCUUCCCCAUUUGCACCUGUGGGUCAUUCAUAUCCAUAUUUGUGGGUGGGGGUAGGGAACAGCAUUCUGACAUCUCCUUAACAAUCAACAGGUUUAUCGUUGCAUACCAUUUCAUGGCUUGGGAUUCUUCUAACACACAUUGUCAUAGCCUCUGCUUCAGGAAGGGACUCUGGAGGUGCUCAAGGUCUCCCCAGUCCUUCAUGCAAGAUUUCCAAUCAGAAGCUUUGUCCAGAAACUGUACGAUGUUCCUUUUAGCAUCAAGAUUGUAUCUGGUAGUUUCUGCAUUUGAAUGCUGUCUCCCACCUUCCUUACUUACCCUGCUAAAUCUUUUCACAGUGGUCUAGAAUGUUAGUCACCAAAAUAAACUAUUAUCUUUAUUUUCUAUACAGAUUGCUGGAGGAGCUGCUGGUUUCUCUGCAAUGGGGAAGGCAGCAAACUUAUUAUCCUAGCGCACAGCCUCAUAGUACAGCAGAAUUAGCAGCUGUCAACCACAAGCUAGCUAGAGCAGUGACCUCACACCUGCUUGGAAACACUGACAGCACUAACAGUCCCAAAAAGGGCUCUUCGCUGACAGAACUCUGCAACACACCUGCUGAGAAAAUGGCUGAAAUGGUAAAAACCCUUUCAUUUUGGCCUCACAAUUUACCUUUUUUAAAAAAAAUAUUUUUAUUAAAGAUUUCUCAAUUUACUCUUUUGAGCAUUAAGAUUAUGCUGUUUCAAUGUCAUCUUCUGAAAACACAAAGCAUUAUCUUUUUUAUUGUAUCAACUGGUGCUACAUUAUUGAGCCUUUAACCCUAUCCCAACAGGUCUAUCAUACUCUGAAUACAAAAUUGUAUAGUCACAAACUAAAGAAAUCCCAGCUUACGUGGGCUGUCCAUUCAGUGAAAGAUGGGGACAGUUGCCCUGGCCCUAAACAGCUUGAACUGUGCAGUAUAUUAGAAUGCAGGACUUCUACCCAUGCAGAAGAAACUGCAUCUGAAGACGCUGGGGCAACUGGAGCAGUUCCGCCACCAGUCAUGAUUCCUGAUCACUGGAGUUUCCAUACCUGUUGCUCAACAUCCAGUAGUUCUCCCCUAGCCCAGAACAGUGUUGGAUAUAAAAACAUUGCCCCAUCCUACCUUUACUGUUGUUAAUGAAGUGGGUAAGGCUUUGCUUAAUAGCAAGGAGUUCAGAAGCUCAUCAUGUAAAAUGCACUGCUCCAGGACUUUCACCAUAACAUAAUGAUUAUUUUCUUGCAGGUUCUGAGAAUGCUGGAUCCCGGCACUUGUACAGAAGCAUCUCCAGAACUUCCUUUUUCUGAGCCUUCACCAUCCUCUUUCCUUUCCCCAAGGAAGAAUAUUGGACGGUUUCACCCAUACACUAGAUAUGAGAACAUAACUUUCAACUGCUGCAAUCACUGCCAGGGAGAAUUGAUAGCGCUUUAAAAAAACAAAAAGACUAUGCCUAAUAGCCAGAUAUGUUGUCUCUGAAUAUGCUAACUUUCUUAGUGAUCAGUAUUCACUUUUCUAUGCUUUUUUUCAGAUAGGUUGGGGUUGUGCUAGAAAUAUACUUGUCACACAGCUUUCAGACCUCUAAGAGUUCUUUUAUCAAACUUUUUUUUAUCAGGCUGGGAUCAUAAUGCAAUAAGAGCAACACAACCUGUUCUCCAAGGCAAAUAAGAAAAUGUUAGAACAGUGUGUGCAUAGGCCCUUAAAUAGAAUUCACAUGCAAACUUUUUUUCAAGAGAAGGCUGAAGGGGAGUAUUAUAGAAACCCUACCAGCAUCAAGCAUUUGGAUUUUAUUUCUGUGAAUAAGUUCAGAUAACUAGUUUAAGUAUUUAUUUUAAUUUAGAAUGAUAGUGAGUGCUGUGCUUCAGUAUCUUUUAGAACCUGUUUCUAGUGCUAUUAUAGCAAUUGUUACAUAGCAGGUGAAAAUGUGAGAGCUCAGCAUUCUUACUAUGAUAGAAACUGAUCUUGAAUGAAUUUGGUUAUUGAUUGAGGCAAAAUGAAUUCUGGCAUGCACAAAAAUUGAAGCCAAAGAGUAGCAACAAGCUUCUAGGUCAAACUAUUGGAGGUGAUUCUCAGUGGAUUAUGUAUCUCUACUGAACCAGCUUUUACAGCCUAUAAGUAUUCCUGGUGGACUUUAUUUAAGGACAUAUUUCAUUGGUGCUAUUAAAUGUGUCAGAACUGCUCUUCUACCUGUACUUUUAGGGAAAUGAGCCUUGAGGAUUCCUUUCUCAUCUUUUAAAUUGGAAAUAGGUAAAAAGGGUCUACUGCUAUAUAUAAAGGAAGAGGCUUUUCCUUUCAUUUCUGGGACAAUCACAUUUCUAACAUUUUCGUAUUACACUGAAAUACUAAGCAGAUGUACCUGCUCUGUGUCUGCAUGCAACAACCUAUGUUUGGUUAAUGGAAUGUAUGGAUUGAGACAUGCCGCAGUUUUGGCCUACUCUGAUCUUGACAAUUUUACAAUAAAUGUUAGCUGCAUAUUUUGCAGGGGGAAUUUUCUACCUCUUCCAAAGCUGGUAUAUGUGAACAACCUUUGCUAAGUAACUUGACAAUUAAAAUUAAUAAUGCAUGAUUAUGUGUGCUGUUUUUGCAAUAGCAAACAAAUGUUUAUCAUCAAAUGUGUACUGUAUGGGUGAGAACAAAUUGACAAAAACAUAAGAAUAAUGUCGGACAGUAUCAGAGCACCUUGCACUUUACUAGUUGUGUUCUGAGCACAAGAACCAUUCUCUAACAUUUACCUACCUUCACCAAUGCAGUAAAUUAGUCUGUGCUUGUUUCCAUUGGUUCUGUGCUAGGAAAGGAUGAGAUUUCUUAGGCACAGUAAGUACCCCCAAAUGAGCAAACAGUGCUUGAAGAAAUGGUGAAUACCAUUAAGUUUCAGUUGUUAUUUUCACACUGCCCCCUCCACUACCUAUUCAGGAUCAGUACAACAGGGAAGAACAAUAGGACAGAACUUUGAAACUGCAAUGUCCAGGAGUAAGUGCCAACUAGAUGUUGGUAAAGUCCUUAGUGCUAUGUGCUAGCACAUUGCCAUCAGCUGUGACAGUAGUUUAAGUGUAGCUUUUACACAAAAUACUUGGUAUGAAGAUAACGCUGGUCCCCAAGGCAAGCUAUUUAAAAAGGAUUUACACCACAAUUGCCAUAUGGGCAUUUAUUCUGUUUUUUGCUUUGUAGAACUAAGAACACCACCCCAACCCAUUCACAAAUAGAGACUUAUUCCAAGUUUAAGAGGGGGAGAGAUUAGUAAGAUUGAGAAAAUUAAGCCGUUAUUGAAGGACUAUGAAACAUCCCAGAAGAAGCUGCUUUCAAGAGCAAGCUAUACAAGGUACUGUAAGAGUCAUACUGGAGGCAUCCGGUGACUCUAAAUCUCAGCUGUACUGGUCCGUGAAGCGAAAAGAUUUUGGUUCAGAAAUUGAACAGAGAAUGUUCUCUAUUUGUUUUGCUCUUCUGGCUUCCUGUCUAAGCUGCCUUGCUCGUUCUUUGGCAGCCAUUUGCUCUUCUCGCCUCUCCCGUCUCUUCCUUUUUAGCCAUCUGCAGAGAAAUUAAUUAUUUUGAAAAACUGAAUAUGAAGUGGUCCAAGCUUAAUUUGAUUACUUCUUCCAGGUUUACUGAAACCAGGUCACCUACUUUAUCCUUAGCAAAAACAGCACUCUCUCCAGAAUAGAACACGGCAUCAGAGGAUCGUUUACAGAGUGAUAAGAACACUGAAUACUAGGUGGACCACAAGUGCUUUUGACUAGAUAAUAACGCUUGAGGGCUAAUAUGCAUUUUUGAAGUUCCUGUUAUAAGAACUGAGUUCAUCAUUAAUUAAAGAGGGCUGUGACAUAUAAUGAUAUGAUAUUCCACAGCCCCCUUUAGACCAGUUUUGGAGCAAUCCCAAUUUUCUAAAAUUUUGGCUCUUGGCAAUUCAGUAUUAUUUGUUCUAGUGCUAUAUCCUGCUGUCUUAGCAGCAGGUACAGUUAUAUGGUGCUGCAUGGGCACCUUCCCACCAUGACCAUAUACUCUGCUGGUGUGCCUGUGCAGCUACGUCCUCACAGUGACCCAGCCCAUGUACCACCCUAGUAAGCAGCUGUAAUGCUGAUGUUAAGAGAGCAGCACUGCUCUUUAGCAGGAGGAUGCUCCUCAGAAAUACAUGGGCUCUAGCGGGUGAAGAAAACUGCAGAGUGAGGGAAGACACUUCCAAAUGAGGGCAAAAGGCUGUCAUCUUCUGCUUCCUAGGGAAACAAUCCAAAUUAAGUUGAUAAAAAGUGAGAUGGAAUUGUUCAGUAACAGGACAAACACAACACUGAACAACUUACUGUUUAUAAGCGUUGUCAUUUUCCGCUGUUCUUGGAAGGAAAAACAUGCAUUCUUCCUGCUCUUUCAGGUUCUGUAUCUGUUUUUCUUUCAUGUGUUCUAUCUGCUUUUUUCUAAGCCAUGACUUGUAAGCUGCUUCUGGAUUUCUGCUUUCCUGCUUCAAAAGAAAAAGAAACUCCCCAAAGAUCUACGCCAAAUAAAUCAAAUAUGAGCAACUUGU